CGUUAAUCACCUAUAAAUUUGAAAAUUCAAUAAUCUAGCUAGAUCUACGUCGAAAUCUGAUGGCUCAAUCAGGUGCUGAGAAGUCGGAUCUUGGCUACAACUCGUUGAGAUCAUCAGAAAUAGGGAGGAGAAGCAUGGUGAUUGGAUUACUGAGGUUGGUGGCUCUUUUAGCCACAUUAUCUGCUACUAUAGUGAUGGCCCUUAAUAAAGAAACCAAGACUUUUGUGGUUGCUACCAUUGGUACUAGUACUGUCAAAGCUACACUUACUGCCAAGUUUCAAGAUACCACAGCAAACAUAUUCUUUGUUGCGGCUAAUGCAUUGGCUACGUUGCACAACCUGUUGGUGUUAGUCGCAAUGUUCUUUGGAAACAAGAUCGAUCCAAAAGGAGUUCGCUUUAUGGCUAUCCCUAUUUUAGAUAUAACAAAUUUAGCUAUAUUAUCCGCUGGAACAACUUCUGCUGCAUAUAUGGCCGAGAUAGCAAAAAACGGGAAUUCUCAUGCACAAUGGAACAAAAUUUGUGAUAAAUUUGCGACCUUUUGUAGCCAUGGUGCUGGUGCCAUUCUAGCUUCAUUCCUAGGCCUUGCUAUCUUUCUCGUUGUUAUUCUCCUCUCUACUAUUAAACGUCAUAAAAUUGAGAACAAAAGUGAUGCCUCAAUCCAAAUGUAAUGUUUAAGGGCUUUAAUGAUGUUGUGCCUUUGUUGUUUUUUUUUUAGGUUUCAUUAUUAUCUUGUAUCCUUGUA